CCGCCGCGGCCAGCACACUCCGCCGCCGCUCGCCGCGAGAGACGCAUGUGUCGCGACCGCGCCAACGGCUUAUAUUUCGAAACUGUGUUUCUUAGUGACUUACUGCGCAUUCUUUUCGUUAUAACUUGGAAAUUUUAAUUAUCUCGAUAUCGAGUGAUUGCACUGAAAUUUUAAUUAACCUACGUUUACGAGUAGUGAACGUUUUCUCCUCUGGACAAGUGCAUUGAGUAAGUGUAGAGAAGGCUACAUUCCAAACCGGUGUCGUUCUUUAAUGGACGAGGUGUGUACUACUCUGUAUGUGUUUUAUAGUUACCGAGGGAAGUGACUGAUUCUAGUGAUAGGUUUUCGCUGCACAAAAACUAGGAAAGUUGUGAACUGAAAUCGUGUGAAAAUUCAUCGCUGGAGAGCUCUCUAGCCAGAAUGUAAUAGAGCACUGGCAAAAAGCGAAGCCUAUUCAAGAGAAAAAUGGCUCGCGGGGCGCUGAGUGAAAACGAGCGCUACUGCCUUGACGCUGGUGCAAAAAGCCAAACGGACCGGCUGCAAGAUGCAGAAAAAACUUUGAAUGGAGAUUGCAAACCUAACGGGCUGCGAGUCCGCUUCCUCGACGAGGAAGGCAAGACGGAGCGGACAGUCAGCACCGACGAAGUCGACUAUGCCGUCUCACGCGUAAAGAAAAUACACAUCCUGAAAAACAGGAGUUCGAGCGAGACUAGCAUAAUGUUAAGGAACCCGUCUCUCAUGAAGAGGCGGAAUAGCGCUGACCGUCGGUUCAGUGACGGCCAAACCGACAACUUGAACAACAACUCGCUAAGCGAGAACCUGAAUGGCAAGGUAUCGAUACUCAAAAUCAGCGAGUUCGAUAAACCUGAAAAGACUGAGACAGAGCAAACCAAAGAUGCAAAUGGGCAAAGCUUUAAAAAGAAUUGUAACGUGUACAGCGUAAACCAAGCAAAGACGCUGACACCUGAAAGGAAGAAGUCAAUACCGUUGACGAUUCCGCGAUUAAUGGGACAUAAGACGAUGCAGGAGAACGCGCAGGGAAAGUCUAUCCUGCCUAACGAGGUCUGCUUGGCGGACGCUGCCAGUGGCAAGGACUUCACUGCGCGCGCUAUAGGGCGACUGUCUCGAGGACUCGGUCGGCUACUCAGGCGCACCAACAGCGUGCGCAUCAGCGAGCCGGACCCCGUGUACAAGGUGGCCUAUCUCGGCAACGUCCUCACCGGCUGGGCUAGAGGUGAGAGCUGCAUAGAGAAGCCGCUGGCGACGCUCUGGCGGAACUACCAGCAGUCGACCAAGCCCGACGUGGUGAUGAAACUAUCUGUCACCAACUCCGGCCUCAAAGGCUUCACCAAGGAGCACGGCCUCACAGAAUACUGGUCCCACCGCAUCACCUACUGCGCGAGUCCCCCACACUACCCCAAGCUCUUCUGCUGGGUCUACCGCCAUGAGGGCAAGAAACUCAAACAUGAACUACGAUGCCACGCCGUACUUUGCACCAAAGAAUCAGUAUCCAAAAAAAUCACCGAAGAACUUCAGGUAAAACUGAAGCAAGCGCUCGUAGAAUUCAAGAAGGACAGAAUCUCGAAACAAAACGCACGUCUCAGCCUCGCCAACAGCGUGUACGACAACCCCAGCAUGCCGCGCCGCAAGAUUCUGCUCAGCGUCGGCGCCAUGAACUACCGACCACCGUUAGAACGAUCCAAAUCUGCUCCCAAACUAGGGGCGAUCGAAGAACUCUGCUCUGAGGAAGACGAGGAAGAAGCAGAGAUGAAUUCCACUCAAACCUUGUGUAACUCAUGGACAGACCAGUUCUACGCAUCACAGACUCUGGACAGGCGACGACCGGAGAUGAAAUCUCCACGCAAAAUGUCCUGCCCCGAAGGAGUCAUGGGGAGAAUUAGAGCAGAUUCCGACAGCUCCGAGGGAUCGGAUGAUAUUAUCAACAUUAUUAUGAAGGAGAGCACACAGGCAAUCGAAACUAGUCACGAAGAAAAGGAGCGGUUAACGUUAGAAUCGAUCGCUGAAUCAAACGAACUGACCGACAAUGAGGGCGCGAAACAAAUGUCGCAGAGUAACUUCCUCGUCACGGAUAGCGACGACGGAUCAGUUUCCUCGGGCUGCGAGACCGCCAGCACUGUCACCUCCUCGGACGCCGAGCCCUCCUCCCUCCCCUCGCACUUCCCUUCGGAGGAGAUACUAAAAGAAGAGGAUGAGGAAUAUGUAUCAGUGCUGGACAGGAUUCAGACAUUCGAGCGCUCUCGAGACAGUAACAGAAGCUAUUCUAACUCAAUCCUCAUGAAUGAAGGAAACGAGUGCGGCGCUACUGAUGAGGUGAACCACGUACCGAUUGGUGAAAAAAAUGGUUUCCGUCGACGAUCGACGUAUCCUCCGCUGCGGACGGACGUGAGCAGCUUGUCAAACUUCGAAUCUCUGAUCGACAACCUGACGGACGUGGACAGCUUGAACUCCAGUACCGAGACUGAAGUGUUCAAGAACGUCGGCGACAACGACAGCGCGUGCAGCGACGAGUCCGGCUACUCGGAGCUGCUGGAGAACGGCAAAGAAAGCGUCAUCGGAAGUACUAUCAUGGUGUAGACCUUCACUAUCAUCAGUAGUAUCAGACUCAUCUAGUUUACCUCCGGGUCGGCAACAGCAAUGCACUUCAUCGUAGCUAAUGUGUAUACAGUAUGUUUAUAAGAGUUUUAUUUUGUAAAUAACAGGGUACACUCGUACUUGAUCCAGUUGAUGUAUUAUUUUAUUUAGGUGUGUACAUAGUCUAAUUUAAGUUUGUAAAACUAACUUUAUUUUAAUGUAGAUGGAUUUUUAUGAGAUUUUUAUUUGUAUAACGGUUAUAUUGGAUGACCAGAUUUAUUGUUCGUAUUUGUGUACAUUUAUUACUUCUUGUAAUUUGUAAACAGCAGUAGUCACCUUCGAGGUGUGUAGGUACUUACACAUUCCAUAUUUAUCGCCUCAUUGUCCAGGUCAUUCAUAAACGUCUGUAGUGAGGAAUUUUAAUGAAAAUAAAUCAUUAAAUGAUUAAAAAUAA